AUGCCUGAUAAGAGAUAUCAAUCAACAAAUUUAAAUAUACCAAAUCUUCACCCAUCACACGGUGGACCUUCUUCAAUAAAUGAAUUUCCGAGGGAAGACGAAGAGCAUCUAAGCCAUUCAUUUAAAGAGCAAAUAGAAUCUUUUGUUGGUUCCUAUUCGAGGACUUCAAUGAUGCAUAUGGCUGAAAAUGUAUUAAUAUCUAAUACUGGAGAAAUGAUGAAUGAAGAAGAAGGCGAAAUACCAAGUUAUUUGUCUAGAUAUAACAGCCAUCAAGAAAGUAUGGCAGGAUCAAGACGUAACUCGGAAGGAACACUUCAUGAAAGAAUGUCUUUAUUAUAUCCUUCACUUCAAAAAAGAAAGAGUUGUGCAAGUGCUAUAACAGUAGCUGAUAGUUAUCUGUCAUCAUCACAUAUAAAUACUAUUACUAGUAACAAUAGUAGUGGUAGUAGUAGUAAAUCAUCCUUUUUACAAAGUAUAUUCAAUUCUAUUAAUAUCUUGAUUGGAAUUGGUAUUUUAGCUUUACCUUUGGGAUUUAAAAAUGCUGGAUGGGUACUAAGUAUUUUCAUCUUCUUGUUUUGUUUUGGCUUAACGAAUUAUACAGCCAAAUUAUUAGUUAAAUGUUUAGAUGCUGAUCCAAAUUCAAAAACAUAUGGCGAUGUAGGAGCCUAUGUUUAUGGCAUUAAAGGAAGAGUAUUUAUCUCUGUGCUUUUUAUAACAGAAUUGAUUACAUGCAGUGUUGCACUUGUUGUGUUAUUAAGUGAUGGUAUUGAAAGUUUAUUCCCAGGCUAUCAUCCUAUCUUGAUUCGGUUUGUUUCUUAUCUAAUUUUGACACCUACUUUAUUUAUACCUGUUCGACAUUUAUCAUAUACAAGCUUACUUGGUAUCUUGAGCUCUUUUAGUCUAUUAGCUAUUAUUCUUUAUGAUGGUUUAUCAAAGCCAACUACCCCUGGAAGUUUACAUGAGAUGGCAGACACCACUCUUUUUCCAAAGGAUUGGAUGGCAGUACCUAUGAGCUUUGGUUUAAUUAUGGCUGGUUUCGCAGGACAUGCCGUAUUUCCAACUAUCUACCGAGAUAUGAAACAUCCUAGUGAUUAUAUUUAUUUGACAGUAGCCGUUUCUGGCUAUAUCAUGUUUGGAUCCAAGACGAUGCAAGAGAUUACACAAAACUUAGUAAGCAUACCGGAAUAUAAUCAACUCUUAAAUCGAUUUGCUGUUUAUUUAAUUGCCUUGAAUCCAAUCGCAAAGUAUGGAUUGACUCUAAAUCCUGUUAUCUUGAGUUGGCAAAUUGGAUUGUCUCAGAAUUCUCAUUUUAAGGCAUGGAUCGAUAUUCAUGAUUGCUGUUGGAAGAAGACACUCUUUAUCAAAGUGAUGGGAACUAUUUUAACAUCCACUUUUAUCGUUCUAUUGGCUAUUUUAAUACCAGAUUUUGAUCAAAUCAUGUCUUUAUUAGGUUCUUUAUUCUCUUUUAUUAUUUCUGGCAUAUUUCCUUUACUCUGUUAUUUGAAAUUAUUUCAACAUUCACUUACAAGAUGGCAGCUUUUAUUUAAUUAUACUCUUAUUCUUGUUGCAACUAUGAUGGCUAUUACAGGCACUAUAAGGGCUUUUAUAUAG